CUCAGCCAUUCUGUUCAUUCAAUGUCUUCUUGUUUGUGCUUUUACAAAAUGUAUGUUGUUUUGUGUGUGUGGAUCUAUAUUAAUUCUAUGGAGGUGUAAGAUGCACACAGAAAAGUAUGCACAGUCCUCAGUGCACAACUCAGCGAAGUUUAUAAACAGCUGUCUGUGUGUCUGCGUACGUGUGUUAACCCACAUCCAGACGACAAUCUAGAACAUUCCCAACACUCCAGAUGGUCCCGCAUACACCCUGCUUAGUCAAACUAACCCGCGGGACCUCACUGUGCUGAUUCCUGUCAUUGUAGGUUUCUUUCUGGAAUUUCACAUAAACAGAGUGACUCGAAGCAGCAUCUUCAGUCUUUUUUUUAAUCUGGCUUUUUUCACACCUCAUGGUGUCCAUUUUUAAUCACUGUGUAGUAUUCAGUUGUAUGAAACUCUGUGGACCUACCUUUUUUUUAGGACAGGGUCUCACUGUCCCCAGGCUACAGUGCAGUGGCUCUAUUGUAGCUCACCGUAGCUACAUCCUCCUGGGCUCCACCUGUCUCAGCCUCCUGAGUAGCUGGGACCACAGGUGCCCGCCGCCAUGCCCAGCUCCUAUAUUUUUAAUGUCUAUGGUUCUGUGUUAUGAAUCCCAUUCUGGCUUUGCCCCACUAAAUGCUGUGUUUACGUGUCACCCUCAUUGCCAUGUGCAUGUGUUAUCUGCCAGUACUCCACACAGUGCUCCACCACGGCAUCCGCCUCUCUGCCACCAGCUCCGCGGGCAUGGACGCACAGGCCCCCAUUGUGGCCUUGCCCCCAUGAGAUGCCCAUCCUCUUCCUGCUCAUUCAUUCCCUUGUACUGCACUGCUGGGAUUGGACAGGGCUCCAUCCAUGAAACCGAUGACUUCAACAAAAACAAAACCUUUGUCCUCACAUUUGGCAACAGGCAAAUGGUCCGUGUGGAAGCCCAGGCUGCAGCCUCUGCUAACUCCAGGCUGUGCUGCCUUCACUGCCCCUCUGUGCCCUCUGACAUGCCCCCACUCAAGGCUGAGGGUUCCUGUAUCCAAGCAGGAAGGCCAGGGAGACUGGUUCCCAAACAUCAACCGGGACCUCAGGGGCACCCAGGGAGACUGGUUCCCAAACAUCAACCGGGACCUCAGGGGCACCCAGGGAGACUGGUUCCCAAACAUCAACCGGGACCUCAGGGGCACCCAGGGAGACUGGGGCCCUGCACCUCAGAGCUUUGGAUCCAGAAGGUCUGGGAUAAGCCCUGGGAAUCAGCAUGGGAGCAGUGGCAGCCAUCCUGUGGCCAUGAGGGGAGCCGGCUGGAGGACAACCCAAAAUGCUGAGGACAGCAAGAGGAAACACGGAAGGAACCUACGUCCUGAGCGACAUUCCAGACCUGCUGCGCUCGCCAGCCCUGGAGCCACCUGCCACUGGCCUCGAGUGAACUGUCACACUGUUGUAUUAUUUCAGUCCCCAAGUAGGGUUUUCUGCUUCUUGCAGCCAGAAGCACUAAGUGAUACCCACCCCACCCCUGCCAGGCUCUAAGCUCCCUGAGGCAGGGGCGAGGCAGGGUCUAGGCUUCACUCUGAGGGCCCAGUGGAGCCGCGGGUGUUCGGGACACGUGGGGUUUACUCCAGCAGAAACCGCCCUGGUAAAGGAUGAGACCCAGGCAGAGCAAGCUUCCUGGCCUCUUGGUAUUUUCUUUUGUGUCUGUCAUUUCAGCAGCCUGUGAGCUCCUCCAGGGCAAGAAAUCACCAUCAUGCCAAGGGUUCGUGAUCCUGGGGCCCUGCACAGGGCCAGGCACACAGGGGGUAGGUAGCAAAGGCUUGCUGGGCGCUGUGAGAGAAAAGCAAGGAGAGGGAGGCAUUGAGGAGCAACAGAAAAGGAGAAGCUGAAGGCCAGGCAGACAAGCAGUGAAGGAAAAGUUUGUGGAGCACGGUCUCUUCACACAGUUAAUAAACGGCAGGGCCUAAACAAGCCCUUAGCCUGUCGCCACUGUGUUGGAAGCUUAAUCAGCACUAAUUCUUCUUCUUUCAAACUCAAAUGCUACCCCCGGUGUGUUAAUCUCUUCAGAAGUGUCUGCCAGUGUGUUCCCUAACCAUCCAAGUGCCCUUCUCACAUUUGUCCUUGCCGAUGAUGGUCUUCGCUUUGAUUGUAUCCCCUGGUGUAUCUCCAAGCACAAGGAUCCCGUCCCCCUGCCGGUGUGUCACCCCUGCUGUGCCCGAUACAGAGAGACUGAAGUGGUCCAUCCCACGGAGCCUCGCACGGGCAGUGCGGACAGUGCAACUGGGCGCGGCAGUCCUGGCUCUUUUGUGAAUGGGGCAUCGCUCCUCAGUCAUCUCUGUUAUGUUUCUUUAAAGUUGAGUUGAGCUCAGACAAUUCCAGAAGCCCCUUUGAGCAGGAGCAUUUGAUGGCUCCCCACUCGCAGUUGCCGCUUCCUGAGACUGUUCUGGGAGGGGAACCAGGGUCCAGAGUCCUCAGUCCUCUGAGGUGUGCCAAGGCUUUCGGCACGGAGAACAUCAGCCCAACUCAGGCGAGCCAUGGGGCCGGCCCCUGAGGGCGGCGUGCCAAGGGAACAAGAGUUCCCAGUGAAGACCUGCCACAGUCAUGAAACCAUCACACCUCUAAUUCCAGUUCUCUACCAGGAAACCUUUGCACCAUUUCUGUACGUUUCCCCAAUCAGGAGGAAGUAGAUGAACUCUUCCUAAGGCCAGUGGGACUCAUUUUAAUCCCAUCAUUGCAGCUUGUAAGGCAAUGUUUUCCCCACAGAUUGCUUGAAAGAGAAGCGGACAGCAGCCCUGGCUCCUUCAUUCAUUGGCCCUGGGUAAUGCCCACCCUGGAGUGACCCUCGACAGACACUUGACUGGCCCUCUCUGGCCUUUCUGGAAUGCUGACCUUGGGGAGCUCAGCAAGCUGCCAGCCUGGACCAGGAGUCCUCCCUGGAAGCUGGCCUUGUUUUCCAAGGAAGCAUUCAGCUUCCCACCGGGCUAGUCCCGCUCCCCCCUCUCCCUGCUGAGUUGCCUCCUCCAGGCUGCCGUGGCCUCUGCACUCAGCCCGGUGCUCUGAGCUGUGCAUGGCUACAUCUCAGCAAGUUUCCAACAUCUCAAGUCAGCUGGCGCGGGGCCCCGGUAUUUCUAACGGCAGGGCUUAGGGACUGAUUUCCACAGCAGUGGUAGCCGCCCGGCCAGGUGCUCUGGUGUAAUGUGAUACUCGCACUGGCUCCCACCUCCUAGGGGCUCUGACCUGGCACAGCUGCAGAGGUGCAAGUCUAAGUGAAGCAGGGAGCUGAAAGGGAGGUUGCGGGGACUUCUGAUUUCAAAGGGACUCUCCCAGAAUUCCAUCCUCCUCCCUCCUGACCUGCUGGGUGGCCAGGGCUCUGGCCAGCAUGGCAACCGGGCCCCUCUGCUUCCCCUUGUCCUCUUCAGCCUCAGCUGACUGUGCAGUCACAGGCUCUCACCUGCUCCGAAAGGGAUGGAAAGGCUGCAGAUGGAGAUGACCUAGAGACCAGACUCUCUAGCAACAUGCCCCUACUAGACAGAGUCACUGCAAAGGGCAGUGAGGUGGCUUCUGAAGAGGGAUGACUUGGUCGGCACCUGUCCACAUGCCCAGCGAGUGCCCUGGAAACUCUGCCUUCUGGCCUGAUGUAAUGGGAAUAACCAAGACCAUCUUGCUGGCAGCCAGCUGACCACAGCCCAGCCCCAUCCUCCAUCUCUUCCUCUCCUUUGACAAGGCUUUUAUACCAUGGUUCAUUCCAUGUAAGGUCCAUCUUGGCAGACAGCUUACCAGUGUCUUAAUGUGUGUGGAAUGUACAUCCAUCUGCAUGCACUCACACAUGCUUGCUUGGUACUCUGUGGUGCAUUACAUGUGUGUAUGUGUGCGGUGCAUUACAUGUGUGUAUGUGUGCAGUGCAUUACACAUGUGCAUGUGUGUGGUGCAUUACAUGUGUGUGUGUGUGUGGUACGUUACGUGUGUAUGGUGCAUUACAUGUGUGCAUUGUGUGGUGCAUUACAUGUGUGCAUGUUCAUGUGUGGGCUCACUGCCUGCCACCCCCAGUCACUAAACCAACUAUAUUCCCUAAGCUUGCCUUGUUUCCCCUGGUGAGCUCAAACGUCUCAUAUUUGCAUAGAACAUAAUGAGCUCACAUGCACCAUCUCCGACGAUCCUCUCACCCAACACUCUUGUACGCAGAUGACAAAAUUAAGAGAGAAAAGGCCAAGGUUGCACAGCAGAUCAGUAUCAGGGUGCAGACUAAAAACCAGCCCUUCUGACUCAUGGGUGAGGCUUGUUCCACUGCACCCACCAGAAAGGCCAUGAAAGGUUCUCAGAGUAAAUGGGCCCCUGGGCCCCGUAGCUGAGAACCUGCCCAAUCUCUGUCCUGUGUUUUCUGCUCUGAAGAAGAGGGGCUGCACUCUUUGCUAGCUCUCCUGAAAGUAACGGUUCACCCAUCAGUCCUUACACACGAAGAAAACUCACAUGUACAUGAUAAUGGAUAGUGUUAGUGAGUGCCAGGCCCUGCACUGAGAGCUUUACCUGCCUCAUCUCAUUCACUACUCACAGGAGUGAGGCAGGCCUACCGCCCACAUCAUACACUUCUGUUCUUCCUCAAUAACAAUACCCAGCCCCUGACAACAGAUCAUGAUUUGUUAGACAAGUUAGGAUCAUCCUGUUCCCAUCUUUCCAGCCUCCCUUGCAGCUCAAAGUGAUCACAUGGCCCACCUCUGGCCAGUCAGAGGCACGGCCCUUCUCCUGUCCCCUACUGUGAGCUUGGACAUGAUGUUGAAUGGCAGCAGCCAUCUGGUGACAGUGAGGUGAGCCAUGUGAGGAUGAAAACCAGCACACAGAAGAGAGAAGGUGGAACGAAGGAGAACCUGGGUCUCUCCAGACAUCAUGGAGCAGCUGAGCCAAGACGGGCUGCUAUCGGAACUGCCCACUCCAAACCUUGUUCUCACAAAUCCCUAUUUGUUAGCUGGAUUUUCUGUUACUUGCAGCUGAAUACAUUUCUGCCUGACUCAGGUAGUAUCAUCCCCAUUUUACAGAUAAGAAAAACGACAUGCUGUGGAUAAUGGGUUAGGAAGGGACAGUGCUGGGGUUCAAGCCCUGACCCCCAGAUGCCAGAGUCUGAGCUCACGCACUGUCUGUGAGCAGUUGGUUAGGUACAUUACUAAUAUCGAUGAGAUUACAAGGCAGAUGCUCACCCACCUACCAGGCUAAUUACAGACAUGGUUUGUCUUCAUAUUACAUAAAGCACAGUAACCCGGCUCUCAGGACUGCUGGCGCCCUCUCUCUGGCCACAGUCUUUUGGACAACGCUUCAUGAGAAUACGCAGACCCACCACAGCUGAGCACAUGCAAACUCUUUUCAGACACAGGACCAUCUGCAGCAGGGCAGGGAGGUCAGGACCACCUGUGGAGCACUCCAGCACCCCAGGCCCCUCCCACAUACAGAUGGGGGAAACUGAGGCCCAGAGCAGGGAGUGCUUUGCCCAAAGUCAUACCUUGAGUUAAGGUCAGAGCUGAGACGUGAUGCCAGGCCCCCUUCCCCAGGUGAGUACCCUCUCCAUCCUAUUAGGAGACUUCCAGGCCUCCUUCCCCAGGUGGGUGCUCCCUCCAUCCUCCCAGGUAGUUUCCAGGCCACCUUCCCCAUGUGGGCACUCCCUCUGUCCUCCCAUGUGGUUUCCAGGCCUCCUUCCCCAUGUGGGAGCUCCCUCUGUUCUCCUGGGUGGUUUCCAGGCCUUCUUCCCCAGGUGGGCGCUCCCUCCAUCCUCCCAGGUAGUUUCCAGGCUGCCUUCCUCAUGUGGGAGCUCCCUCUGUCCUCCCAUGAGGUUUCCAGGCCUCCUUCCCCAUGUGGGAGCUCCCUCUGUUCUCCUGAGUGGUUUCCAGUCCUCUUUCCCCAGGUGAGUGCUCCCUCUGUCCUCCUGGGUGGUUUCCAGGCCUCCUUCCCCAGGUGAGUGCUCCCUCUGUCUUCCCAGGUAGUUUCUAAGCCUCAUUCCCCAGGUUGGAGCUCCUUCCGUCCUCCCAUGAGGUGUCCAGGCCUCCUUCCCCAGGUGGAUACUCCCUCCAUCCUCCCAGGAGGUUUCCAGGACUCCUUCCCCAGGUGGGUGCUCCCUCCAUCCUCCCAGGAGGUUUCCAGGUUUCCUUCUGCAGGUGAGUGCUCCCUCCUUCCUCCCAUGUGGUUUCCAGGCCUUCUUCCCCAGGUGCAUACUCCCUCUGUCCUCCUGGGUGGCUUCCAGGCCUCUUUCCCCAGGUGGGUGCUCCCUCCAUCCUCCCGGGAGGUUUCCAGGCCUCUUUCCCCAGGUGGGUGUUCCCUCUGUCCUCCCAUGUGGUUUCCAGGCCUCCUUCCCAGGUGGGAGCUCCCUCUGUCUUCCCAGGUUUCUAGGCCUCCUUCCCCAGGUGGGUGCUCCCUCUGUCCUCCUGGGUGGUUUCCAGGCCUCCUUCCCCAGGUGGGUGCUCCCUCCAUCCUCCCCAGAGGUUUCCAGGCCUCCUUCCCCAGCUGAGUGCUCCCUCCUUCCUCUCAUGUGGUUUCCAGGACUCCUUCUCCAGGUGGGUGCUCUGUCUGUCCUCCUGAGAGGUUUCCAGGCCUUCUUUCCCAGUUGGAUGCUCCCUGUGUCCUCCCUGUGUGGCACCUCAGUGCACAUGAUCAACACAGACCUGGGAUUUAGACCAGAGUCCUCAUAUGCCUGGUCUGUGUCCCUAUGGUGAAGUUAUUGUCUCCCAGGAUGCUGGUGGGUCACUGGCAUGGACAAUGUCACACUGCCAUUCUGCCUCCAUUUCCCAUUUCCCUAUGCCUGGGGUCCUGCGGCCCGCCCAUCAUGGGUCACAACUUGGAGCACAUGCUCUGGGCUCACAGCUAGCCCUCAUUUGUUGGUUAAAUAAGGAAAUUGCUGGUACCUCUCAGCAAGCACUUCCUCUGGUCUUCCCUCUCAAAGCCUGUUCUUUGAUGCUUGAAUUUCCUCUUGAGGCCUCUCUGCACUCCUCCUGCACUGUGAAGCUGUGGAAACUCACCAACUCCUUUCACCACCAAGCCCUCCCCCAGCUCCUAGAUCCCCACCAGGCCCUCUGAGUUUCUUCAGCUUCAGUCUUUACCUCCCCAUACACUCACUGUCUCUCUCUCUUUCUCUCUCUCACUCACUCUCUCUGUCACACACACACAUACACACCCUGUAACAAGUUACCUUCAGGGUAUUUAUAGACACGGCAGGUCCCCAGGGAUCCACUCCUUGGCAGACUGCCUCUCCACAUGGCCUAGCAGCAGCUGCCUGCCUGGCCAGCCUCUAAUUAGCCCGCUGCCCUCUGCUCCUGGCUUUAUGUGCCUCAGACUCUCCAGGCAGAAGGGACAAGUUGAAGGCCUGAUGUCCCGCAGGCAGGAGACUGCACCAGCAAAUCUAGGUUGACGCUAGGCUGAUGAGCUUGUUUACCACCUGAAUCCAAGCUGCGUGUUUUAGUGAUGGGUGGGGAGGCAAGUGCAUGUGUAUGUCCCCGUGUGUGUGUAGUUGCAGGAGGCACGUGUUCAAGCAGGACCAUUUUGUUUAAUGACCUUAUUUCUCACUUCCUCCUCCCUUGUUGAAUAAAAUUGGCUGGGCCCUGAUUAAAGGCACUAGGAAUCUGAAAUGCACUCUCCCUUUGAAGCUCUGCAAUCCAGCCAGACUGGCAUUUUGGAGAGAUGGUUGUUUGAAGGAUGGGAAGCAGUCUCUGGGAGAUGAAGAAAUUGGGGGUGUCUGGACUCCUGGUUUUGCCCAGGGCAGCUGUACAGCCCCUCCCCACACACCUCUUUUUUCUCACUUAUUUUUUUAAAAUUUUGGUAAAAUACACAAAACAUAAAAUUUACCAUCGUAUGCAUUUUUUAGUGUAGAGUUCAGUGGUGCUAAAUCCAUUCACGUGCUUGUGAAACUGCCACCAGCCUCCAUCUCCAGAACGCUUUUCACCUUGCAGAACUGAAGCUCUGCACCCGUUACACACUAACUCCCCACUGCUCCCUCCCUCCAGCUCCGGCACCCACGAUGCUGUUUUCUGUCUCUGUGAAUCUGACUGCUCUAAGAACCGCGUGUAAAUGGCAUCAUACACUAUUUGUCCUUCUGUGACUGCCUUAUUUUGCUCAGCAUAGUGUCCUCAAGCUUCAUCCAUGUUGUAGUGUGUCGGGAUUUCCUUCCUUUUUAGUCCGUCGUGUGCAAGAUCACGUUUUGUUAGUUUCUUGACACUUGGGUUCAUCCAUAACCCAUGUCCAUGUGUGGUGAGCACCUGGGUUGCUUCCACCUUCUGCUCUUGUUAAUAACGCUGCGCUGAACAGUGGUGUAUGGAUGUCACAGAUGGCCUUCAUGAUGUCCUCUGUGUUACUUGAGGAUGAAAUGAGCCGUCCGAGACACAUUCGUAAAAUGAAGGGGAAAUGAAAGCCUUUGGCUACAUGGGGGUUUCCAAACUGACCCUGGGGCCCUGGGGCUCCUGUUCAGGGGCCCUGGAGAGCAGAGGCGGAGACAGGCAAGACUCGGCCCAAGAGCCCUCACCUCCACCCAGGAUCCACCCACUUUAAUCCCUUUCAUUCCAAUCAUCUCCACCUCCAUGUGCUGAGGGACAUACACAAGCUGAGGGACAAACACAGCACAUAUGCCUUGUGCUGAGGCAUACAGCAGGGACAACAGCCCGCAGGCCCUGCCCUCAUGGAGGCUGUGUGCUAGAGGAGGAGGCCUGGAUCUGGCACACCCCGUGGUAGCCACCGAGAAGAAAGAUGCUGCGAAGAAGGACAGGGAAUGUCAGGGGUCGGGCAAGAUGGUAGAUCUUGUAGUCAGGGAAGGCUUCACUCAUUCAAAAGGCGAUUUAAAAAAAAAAAGAUUUUUUAAUGGAGAAGUAAUUCAUAUACCAUAAAAUUCACCAUGUUGAAGUUUUCCGCUCAGGGCUUGACAGGCUGUUCACAAAGACGUGCAUCACCGCCACUCUCUCGUCGCAGGAAACUUCAUCAUGAAAUGUGGUUUUCAAGACCUUGAGCUGGACAUCUCCUGCUGGCUCCUCCAAGAGCACUCUCUGCUGUCCUGGGGGACUAUCCCAGGGGGCCACAUGGAUGAGCUCCUAGGGUCCACCAGGUGGGGGCCCAGCAAGAGAGCGGGAGAGGGUCCAGUGGCUUUCCUGUCCCCGUCCUCAAGAAUUAAGGGCUGGCUCCCCAUGGUUUCCAGACCUGGCCACUGCAGCGUUCCCGCAGGAUUCCAUCCAUACCUCUGUAAAUGGCCUCUCUGGUAAACUCUUCUCAAGCUGCCCAAUCCAAGGGUACCAGCUCUUCCUGCAGGAGCCCCGACACCAGACACUGAUGAAAAUGAGGGAGCCAGCCAUGCAGGGGAAGCAGGCAACCGGAGCCACAUCAUGGUGCAAACUCCAAGGUCAGCUGCACCAAGGGGGUGCACCUGAGGAACCUAAGGAGCAGCAGGAGCCCCACUGUGGGCGGCAGCCUGAGCAACACGGUCAGGGAGAAACCAGGUCCAGCCAGGAUCUGGAGGAAAUAUUUGCACAGCCAUGUUGAGAGCAGCCUGUUUCACAGUAGCGGAAAGGAGGACACCAUCCUGAUGUCCACUGAUGGGGAAUGAAUGCACAAAAUGAGGUCUAUCCACACAAUGGAAUGUCAAUCAGCCUUAAGAAGGAAGGAAAUUCUGGCCAGGCGUGGUGGCUCACGCCUGUAAUCUCAGCACUUUGGGAGGCUGAGGCAGGUGGAUCACAAAGUCAAGAGAUCCAGACCAGCUUGAUCAACAUGGUGAAAUCCCAUCUCUACUAAAAAAUACAAAAACUAGCCAGGUAUGGUGGCAAGCACUUAUAAUCCCAGCUACUCAGGAGCCUGAGACAGGAGAAUCACUUGAUCCCAGGAGGCAGAGGUUGGAGUGAGCCAAGAUCGCACCAUUGCACUCCGGCCUGGGCGACAGAGCAAGACUCCAUCUCAAAAAAAAAAAGGAAGGAAAUUCUGACACACGCGGCACCAUGGGUGAACUUUAAGGACAUCGUGCUAAGUAAAAUAAGCCAGUCAUGGAAGGACAACUAUGUGAUAAUUCUACUUCUGUGAGGUCCCUAGAGCCGCCAACAUCAGAGACACAGAAAGUAGAAUGGCAGCUGCCAGCCGCUGGGAAGGAGAAGGGGAACUGGUGUUUAGUGCGUAGAGUUUCAGUUUUACAAGAUGAAGAGAAUUGGAGAGAUAAAUAGUGGUGACGCUGGAACAGCACCAUGAAUGUAUUUCAUGACACUGAACCGAAUACUUAAAAACAUGAUUAAGAUGGUACAUUUUACAUUAUGUGUAUUUGGCCACAAUGAAAAAGUUGAAAAAAGGUGAAUAUUUAUUUAAUUUUAAAAAUCAUUCCAAAUUACAAAUUUUAAGAAGCUGGUGAAUGUCACCAAAUUCACAAAACCUGGAGAAAUUUCAUUCUGUUAUGUAUUGAUUGCCCAAUGCACCUCUGCAGUAUAUUUUUCUAAAUGUGUUUCAUUUGUAAUCCUCAAAACAGGUACAAAAUGUAUGUGAAAUUAAGGCAUUCAUGGGAAUCAUUCAGAUGCCUUUAAAAAUUACUGCCACGUUGUCUUCAGCCACAAAACUGUGCCACCAGAUUACUCUGAUGCCACAACAUUGACUUAUUGAUGAGUCUGUGUAGGAGUUUUGUCAUCAGAACACUUGCUUCUGCGAGCGUUUCUCUGCGUUGGUGGCAAUUUUGCGUACCAUUUUGCUGGAACCACCAGAUUUUGUGAGGAUGCGGUAUAUCAGUUACACUAAGAAAUAAUCCGAUUCGGGGACUGCGUAAAAUCUGUGACUUCGCCCCCGGAGGACCCACGUGGUACCACUACUGGUUUGGGCUCACAAAUACAAGACUUUUGAUCAAUUCUAAUUUGUAUAACUCUCAUCAGAACACAAAGCAAUGUGUGGUGAAAUUACAUUCUUUCAAUAUCAACUGUUUUCUACCAGGAGAGAACGUCUGUGCUGGCCAGGCCUCAGUGAGAACCAGAUCCUCCUCUAACAAUGUUACCUGUGUGGCCUUUCGCAGAUUUUCCACAGAUGAACUCCUGACUGUUAUUUCGGUGGGUGUGGUGCGGUGUGUAUGGCAGGGUCCAGCCUCUUUGCUGCACCCGCUGGUGGGAUGUCCUGUGGGACGAGUGUUCCUGAAAGCCCUUCCUACACUUAGCGGGAGGUAACUUCUCUCUACGAGGAAGUCACUGUGAGCUGCGUCAGCAAAUCCCACUAAGCCCAGAUUAAAUGUUUCCCCAGCUCACUUGCCUCUUAACUGGAUCCCUCAAAUGCCCUCGGCCACUCACACAGCAUCCAACUAAGGGUCCAUUGGGCAGAGAGAAGUUGGGAUGCAAAGAGACAGACGUCUCAACCGGUUAUGGUUAAACUAUCUAACUUCUGCAUAUUUUACAAAAACGUUUGGCCACAGGAACAUGUUGCUAGGGCCUCUCCGGGAAAGGGAGGAGUCUGCGGAGUCAGGGGCCCGGAAGCUUCAUCAGCCGCAUAGCAGAUGCGUCCCCAGCCCUGCCCACGAGCAGCUGAGAUGUGGAGGCAUGGGCCCAGUGACUUCACCUAUGACCUAUGACCUGGCCCAAAGGCACCAGGCCUAGAAACACCAGCCAGAGUCCCACCUCUGCCCCUGGGACUCCCUGGGCCUCAAGAGCUUCUGCCAAGCAGGGACGAGGACCCGGCUUUCACUCCAGGAUUCCUCCAAGAGUCAAAAAUAGAUCUGUGGGUCAAUCAGAGCACUGUGCAAACUCAGCUGCUAUCCUCCAGCCAGGGUCACAGCAAGCCCUUCCUGGGGCCAGCAGGUGGUUCCACAGGAACGGGCUGCCUCUUUAAAGCAGAGGGGUGGACUGCGGCCUGAGGGAAGGAGCUGCAGUCAUAGUAAUCUUGGGAGGCAGCUCUCCACCCCCACCAGCCCCUCCCUGCUGUCAGGAGAGGAUUAGAGGAGAGGCCAGGGGAUUAAAGGGGUUCACGUUGCCACAGCCUCUCCCUCAGUCCCUCUCCCUGAUGCCUGCUUACUAGGUGGGGUGACUCUUCUGUGAGCUGCAGCUGUGGGGCAGAGAGAAGCCCUCCCCACCCACCACUGAAAGGCUGGGGACCCAGGCCCACCGGGGCCCAGAAGGCAAAGGCUUGGGGCAUCUCUGGAGUCUGGAAGGCAGGCAGACAGAGCUCAUGGUCUGUGGCUGCUCUGUCCUCCUUCCCCUCCCCGACCCCAGCAGGGCCAUCAUGCCUGCACCCCCCAGCUUCUACACAAACUCCAGCUCCACCAGCUGCUGGAUUCCCCACCAGCCAAGGCCUGUGGCCUGGGCCUUCCUGCAGAAGACCUCGGCCCUCCUGUGGCUGCUGCUCCUGGGCACCUCCCUGUCCCCCACGUGGGGGCAGGCCAAGAUCCCUCUGGAAACAGUGAAGCUGUGGGCUGACACCUUCGGCGGGGACCUGUAUAACACUGUGACCAAAUACUCGGGCUCCCUCUUGCUGCAGAAGAAGUACAAGGAUGUGGAGCCCAGUCUGAAGAUCGAGGAGGUGGACGGCUUGGAGCUGGUGAGGAAGUUCUCAGAGGACAUGGAGACCAUGCUGCGGAGAAAAGUUGAGGCCGUCCAGAAUCUGGUGGAGGCUGCCGAGGAGGCCGAUCUGAACCAUGAAUUCAACGAAUCUCUGGUGUUCGACUACUACAACUCGGUCCUGAUCAACGAGAGGGAUGAGAAUGGAAACUUCGUGGAGCUGGGCGCUGAGUUCCUCCUGGAGUCCAACGCGCACUUCAGCAACCUGCGGGUGAACACCUCCAUCAGCAGCGUGCAGCUGCCCACCAACGUGUACAACAAAGACCCCGAUAUUUUAAAUGGAGUCUACAUGUCUGAAGCCUUGAAUGCUGUCUUUGUGGAGAACUUCCAGAGAGAUCCGACGUUGACCUGGCAAUAUUUUGGCAGUGCGACUGGAUUCUUCAGAAUCUAUCCAGGUAUAAAAUGGACCCCUGAUGAGAAUGGAGUCGUUACCUUCGACUGCCGAAACCGUGGCUGGUACAUUCAAGCUGCUACUUCUCCCAAGGACAUAGUGAUUUUGGUGGACGUGAGUGGCAGCAUGAAGGGGCUGAGGAUGACUAUUGCCAAGCACACCAUCACCACCAUCCUGGACACCCUGGGGGAGAAUGAUUUUGUUAAUAUCAUUGCGUACAAUGACUACGUCCAUUACAUCGAGCCUUGCUUUAAAGGGAUCCUCGUCCAGGCGGACCGAGACAAUCGCGAGCAUUUCAAACUGCUGGUGGAGGAGCUGGUGGUCAAAGGUGUGGGGGUCGUGGACCAAGCCCUGAGAGAAGCCUUCGAGAUCCUGAAGCAGUUCCAAGAGGCCAAGCAAGGAAGCCUCUGCAACCAGGCCAUCAUGCUCAUCAGUGAUGGCGCCGUGGAGGACUACCAGCCUGUAUUUGAGAAGUAUAACUGGCCAGAUUGCAAGGUCCGAGUUUUCACUUACCUCAUUGGGAGAGAAGUGUCUUUUGCUGAUGACAUGAAGUGGAUCGCAUGCAACAACAAAGGCUACUACACGCAGAUCUCAACGCUGGCGGACACCCAGGAGAAUGUGAUGGAAUACCUGCACGUGCUCAGCCGUCCCAUGGUCAUCAACCACGACCACGACAUCAUCUGGACAGAGGCCUACAUGGACAGCAAGCUCCUCGGCUCGCAGACUCAGAGCCUGACUCUCCUCACCACUGUGGCCAUGCCAGUCUUCAGCAAGAAAAACGAAACGCGAUCCCACGGCAUUCUCCUGGGUGUGGUGGGCUCCGAUGUGGCCCUGAGAGAGCUGAUGAAGCUGGCGCCCCGGUACAGGCUUGGAGUGCAUGGAUAUGCCUUUCUGAACACCAACAAUGGCUACAUCCUGUCCCAUCCCGACCUCCGACCCCUGUACAGAGAGGGGAAGAAACUGAAACCCAAACCUAACUACAACAGUGUGGAUCUCUCCGAAGUGGAGUGGGAAGACCAGGCUGAAUCUCUGAGAACCGCCAUGAUCAACAGGGAAACAGGUUCUUUCUCGAUGGAUGUGAAGGUUCCACUGGAUAAAGGGAAGCGAGUUCUUUUCCUGACCAAUGACUACUUCUUCACGGACAUCAGCGACACCCCUUUCAGAGAUGGAGCCUCGCUGUGUUGCCCAGCUUACCAGACCAAUUUAAUGAGAAUUUCUGGGGAUAGAGUCCAUGCACUUGCAUCUUUUAAAACUCCCCAAGAAAGUCAGAUGUUCAGCCAAGGCUCAAAACCAAUGUCCAGUCAAGGAGAGGAAGGCACGGCAGGACUCACCAGUUUAGGGGUGGUGCUGUCCCGGGGCCACGGAGAAUACAUCCUUCUGGGGAACACGUCUGUGGAAGAAGGACUGCAUGACUUGCUUCACCCGGACCUGGCCCUGGCCAGUGACUGGAUCUACUGCAUCACGGAUAUUGACCCGGACCACCGGAAGCUCAACCAACUAGAGGCCAUGGUCCGCUUCCUCACAAGGGAGGAUCCAGACCUGGAAUGUGACGAGGAGCUGGUCCGGGAGGUGCUGUUUGAUGCGGUGGUGACAGCUCCCAUGGAAGCCUACUGGACAGCGCUGGCCCUCAACAUCUCAGAAGAGUCCGAGCAGGUGGUGGACAUGGCCUUCCUGGGCACCCGGGCCGGUCUUCUGAGAAGCAGCUUGUUCGUGGGCUCCGAGAAGGUCUCUGACAGGAAGUUCCUGACGCCUGAGGACGAGGCCAGCGUGUUCACCCUGGACCGCUUCCCGCUGUGGUACCGCCAGGCCUCGGAGCACCCCGCUGGCAGCUUCGUCUUCAACCUCCGUUGGGCGGAAGGACCAGAAAGUGCGGGUGAGCCCAUGGUGGUGACAGCAAGCACAGCUGUGGCAGUGACCGUGGACAAGAAGACAGCCAUUGCUGCAGCGGUGGGCGUCCAGAUGAAGCUAGAAUUCCUCCAGCGCAAAUUCUGGGCGGCAACGCAGCAGUGCAGCACUGGGGACAUGCCGUGCACACAGAGCUGCGAGGACAGUGAUCUGGACUGCUUCGUGGUCGACAACAACGGGUUCAUUCUGAUCUCCGAGAGGUCCCAAGAGAUGGGAAGAUUUCUGGGGGAGGUGGAUGGUGCUGUCAUGACCCAGCUGCUCAGCAUGGGGGUGUUCAGCCAAGUGACCAUGUAUGACUACCAGGCCAUGUGCAAACCCUCGAGUCACCACCACAGCGCAGCGCAGCCCCUGGUCAGCCCAAUUUCUGCCUUCUUGAUGGCGACCAGAUGGCUGCUGCAGGAGCUGGUGCUGUUCCUGCUGGAGUGGAGCGUCUGGGGCUCCUGGUACGACAGAGGGGCCGAGGCCAAAAGUGUCUUCCAUCACUCACACAAACAGAAGAAGCAGGACCAGCUGCAGCCCUGCGACACGGAGUACCCCGUAUUCGUGUACCAGCCGGCCAUCCGGGAGGCCAACGGGAUCAUCGAGUGCGGGGCCUGCCAGAAGGUAUUUGUGGUGCAACAGAUUCCCAAGAGUAACCUUCUCCUCCUGGUCACAGACCCCACCUGUGACUGCAGCAUCUUCCCGCCAGUGGUGCAGGAGGCGACAGAAGUCAAAUAUAAUGCCUCUGUCAAAUGUGACCGGUUGCGCUCUCAGAAGGUCCGCCGGCGGCCAGACUCCUGCCAUGCCUUCCAUCCAGAGGAGAACGCCCAGGACUGCGGUGGUGCCUCAGACACCUCAGCCUCGCUGCCCCUACUCCUGAUGCCUGUGUGUGCCUGGGGGCUACUGCCCCAACUCCUGAGGUGACACCACCCAGCCUGACCUGUGUUUUGACAAGGUGAUCCUUCCAGAACCAUCCCAAAGAGCCAGCACUGACAUGGGAUGCAACUAACUGCAGUUGGGUCACCCCCAGACUAAUGCUCCUCUCAAUCCUGGGCUGAUGGCUUCUGCCUCCAGAGAAUGCUGGAUGGAACAUGAAACCAAUCACCUGGCACCACCUGCAAGAUGCUUAAUGGUGCCCAAUACCAUCCACCCAGGUCUCAAAAGGAGCAUCCUUCUAACCUUCCUGUAUCCUCUGGGGAAGCCCAGAGGAUUGAGCUCAGCUUGGACCAAGACAAAAUAAUUUAGUUCCUCCUGUAAGCCAGAGUCCAGACCCAGCCAAAAAAUGGUCAGAUGCUUCUGAGUGGUCUCCAGUAGAACCCAAGGACUUCCGGGUACUGAGAAAAAGCAGCAGAAUGAGGCCAAUUGCAGAGAUGAGGCUAAAGCAAGAACAUGCCCCAACUAAAGCAUAGAUUCCCCAAAGGAGGCUCCAGGUGGAAGGCAAGGCAGCUCACUUUACUAGCUGCUGCUCAAAAAAGUUUUGACUGUGUUGGGGUGGAGGGUGGAGGUUGGGUAAGGGAAUGGUAAAGAAUGAGAAAGAUAUUAAAUCCUUUUAGGAAAUAUCGACAGGGCUGCAUCUGAUGUUUUGGGAAGUUGUUAUUGAAGAACUUCCCAAAACUUCUUUACAAAGCCCUAACUUAAAGGAAAGUUUGCAUCUAUGACAAGCCAGUAGGGAUAUCCAACUGCUGCAUGGAACCUGAUGUGCAUUCAGGGGAUAGCAAAAAUAGCUGUAGCAUAGUGAAAAAGAGCAGUCAUUGUACUCUUUUUCUGGCCACUGAUUUACAAAAGUAUCCACUUGACUCUGUCCCUGGGGUGAAAUCCUUAGGAUUGGAACUUGUGGGAACAUUCCAAUUUGCUAAGCAGCUCCACUGGGAGGGAAGCUGUAUCUGGGAACUCACCCCCAGCGCACACACAUCUCCCCAAGGGUCCCAAGGGCCUGCAGCUUCCUCCCCCCACCAAACCCCAAGACCUGGAUCCAGGGAGACAACAGUCUCCACAGUGAGAACAACAUUUAGGGCAAAAUCAUAGGGAAAUUCGGGAGAGGCCUCAAAUCUGUCAGUUUAACCAACCCCAGUGAUGAGCUUGGAUAGUAUGUGGGACUUUGGGGGCCCUUCCUCCUGCUCCUCCAUCACCCUCAGCCUCCACACUUUAAAGUACAAGCUGUUCAAGUUUCCUACCAGCAAACAGCCCUAACUUCCCUUUAGAGUAGGCCAACUGUAUAAAACACACAUUAUAGAUUACAGAAUGUCACUCUUGUCGUCGUGUCUUCCAACAAUCCCGUUGAGGGCAGAAUUAAUGCCCCCUUACAGCAGAAGACAUUGCAGCUCAGAGAAGCCAGUUCAAGUGGCAGGAUAAUGCUAGAACACUAAGGUUUACAGGUACCAAAUAACAUGUUUCAGCUCAUUCCAUCCUCACAACAGCUCCCUGAAAGUGAGUACUAGCAUUAGUACCAUGUUAUAGAAACUGCAGGAGAGUUGAAAAUUGCCUCGAAAUUAUUGGAGGAGUAUUGUGAAGACUGAAUGUGACAUAUUCAUGUAACAUGCUUGAAACUUCCUGGCAUAUAGUAAAUGCUAAAUAAAUACAUGCUAACUGCUAUCAUUA